AUGAAUGGUGAAGAAUUCUCCAUAGUUUAUUUUCCAUCUUAUACCCUAUUUGCUUCUGUUUUGAACAUGAGCAUCAACGUCUCGUUGAAAGGAAGUAAAACAAUGGACCAGUCAAAUCAGCGGCUAACCUCGAUCUUGUCUUCAAAAAGAGAGGAGAAGCCGGAUUUCUGGAUUCGUUACAAAAGAACUAUGGACAGCAGAUUACAUAUGAGGAAGUCGAGGAACAUGCGAACAAUAUCCGCGAUGAAACAAGAGAUCCGCAGAACCUCGUGA